AUGGACGAUUUCUCUCAUGACGCAAAUGUACCAACAAGAUCAAAGUUAGCAAUAAAGGGUGAUGCCAAAAUAGUAUCUGACUUUUUUGAAUAUAGUCUUCAAAGUAUUCUUUACCAAAGAGGAGUUUACCCGGCCGCUGAUUUUAAAUUGGUUCGAAAAUAUGGGCUCAAUAUGUUAGUAUCAAUCGAUGAAGAGGUUCUCAAUUAUAUAAGCAGGAUCAUGAGCCAGAUCAAACGAUGGAUAUAUUCCGAUAUUAUAAGCAAGCUUGUUAUAGCCUUGGUCUCCAAAGAGACAGGUGAUGUUACUGAGCGUUGGAGAUUUGAUAUACAUAUUACCAAAAACGAUGGAAGUGAUACCAAAAGCAUAAUUUCCAGUUCAAAAUCAAAAUCCACUAAGGAGAUUCAACGAGAAAUACAGGCGAUAAUAAGACAGAUCACAGCGUCUGUGACUUUUUUGCCAGAGCUUUCUGGCCCUCAUACGUUUAACGUUCUUGUUUAUGCUAACCCCAACUGCAAAGUUCCUACGGAUUGGGAUGAUUCUGAUGCCAAAAAUGUGGGAGGAAAAUCCGUUGAAAGUGUGAAAUUCAAAACUCUAAGUACGAGUUAUCAUAGUGUAUCUACGUUUGUGACUUAUAAAAUUCCUGAGUAA